AUGCGACUUUACAAAAAAAUCAAAGAAAGCGUUUAUAUCCGUGACGGCAUUAUCUUUCGCGGUGAUGAGGCUAUCACCAUAAAAGAAGAUUUGGAGGCUGAAAAGCAAGUGGACGAAUUAAAAGCUUCACUCGAAAAUAUUGCCGAUAGUGAUGAUCUAUUUAAUUCAAAUGAUUCAAAUGAUUUGAAUGACCAAAAUUCAUCCCUAUUGUGUUCCGCAAAUGACGUCAGUGAUAAUGUGACCGGCAGCAAUAAUGAUAAGAAUACAUUCCGUUUUAAUCCGAGUAUAAAAAAAAAUGAAAACAAUAAUUUUAAUAUUACGGGGAUCGAAAAGGUCGCGCGUAAUAAUGUAGCCGGAGAAGAUAACCGAGCGAAUACAUUUUCCAUAGAUUUAACCGGGUUUAACAAUCGACGUAACAAUAUCAAUGUUACAGGCAUCGAAAGGAACGUCCAUGAUAAUGUAGCUGGUAAUAACAACCGGGCGGAUAAGUUUCACGUAAAUGGAGUUUUAGUUGAUACCCAAGUGGGAAAUAUUGAUGCCACGUUAGCUCAGGCAGAAAUUAGAGAUAAUGUGGUUGGAAACAACAAUCAAGUGGGUACAUGCGAUAUAAAAGCUACUGGGAUCAGCAACAAUUCAGGAAAUAUUAACGCUACGGGUAUUAGGGUGGAAAUUAGCGAUAAUGUGGUUGGAAACAACAAUCAAGUGGAUAAAUGCGAUAUAAAGGCUACUGGGAUUAACAACAAUACUGAUAAUAUCAAUAUCACGGGUGCCAAUAUUACCGCAUCCAAAAAUGUGAUCGGAAGCAAUAAUGAUGUAAAUAUAGUCAAGAUAAAUAUGAACGGGAUUGAAAACAGUAAGAGAAACUUUACACGUACAUUUUAUGAAAAAGAUUUUAAUAAAAAAGUAAUCGGAAGCGAAAACAAUGUGAAUUUGGUCAAUAUAAAUAUGAGUGGAAUUAGAAACCAAGAAGGGAAUAUGGAAUUUAGGACGGUAAGCACAAGCAACAAGGUGGAUGGAUACAACAACAACGUGAAAACCUUCGAUUUAGACUUAUGUGCGGCUGAGAGACAAGUUGGUAACUGUAGUAUUACAAAGGAAAUUGAAGAUCUUGAAAAAGGUACCAACAGCAAUAAGAAAUUCAAAGCAAAAAUAGCCGGAGUUAGUGUGCAAGAGGGGAAUUUAAGUAUUGGGGGUAAAAACGAUUCAAAACUAUCCGUAACUGUAAUUGGAGGUGGCGAGAGUUCAGGAAAUGUAUGCAUUAGCAAACCGUCAGCCGGCGUUGACGUAGGUUUCAGUGGGCAAGUCGGCUUUGGAAAUGUAGACAUCGGUACUCGUUUGAAUUUAACUAUUGGACCUUCCCUAGGCUUUUCAAUACCAUUUCUGGGGUCAGGAGGAGGAGGCAAUGAUGAUGGCAAAGGCGGUGGUGGCGGUGAAGGUGGUGAAGAUGGUACUCAACCUGGUGGUGAGGGUGGUGGUGGUACUCAACCUGGUGGUGGUGAGGAUGGUACUCAACCUGGUGGUGAGGGUGGUGGUGGUACUCAACCUGGUGGUGGUGAGGAUGGUGGUGGUACUCAACCUGGUGGUGAGGGUGGUGGUGGAAAUCAACCUGGUGAUGGAGGUGGUGAAGAUGGUACUCAACCUGGUGGUGAGGGUGGUGGUACUCAAUCUGGUGAUGGUGACUUUCAACCUGGUGGUGAGGGUGAUGUUCAAUCUAAUGAAGGUGGUGUUCAACCUGGUGGUGAAGGUACUGCUCAACCCGGUGAAUGUGGUGGUGUUCAACCUGGUGGUGAAAGGGGUGUUCAACCUGGUGAUGGUGGUGUCCAAUCUGGUGGUGGAGGUGAUGUUCAACAUAGUGAAGGUGGUGUUCAACCUGGUGGUGAAGGUAUUGUUCAACCCGGUGAAUGUGAGGGUGAAUGUGGUAGUGUUCAACCUGGUGGUGAAAGGGGUGUUCAAUCUGGUGAAGGUGAAGGUGGUGGUGUUCAACCUAAUGGUGAAGGCGGUGUUCAGCCUGGUAAAGAAGGUGUUCAAUCUGGUGGUGAAGCCUCUUUAAGCGGACAUCAAUUUUUCACUUACGAUGGUGAAACUAAUAUCACCUCCACAGAUGAACUUUCAUCCGAAAGCAAUAACUCAACUUCUGACAGAGUUUACUCUUCCUCCUAUUCUUCCAUCGGUAGUAACAUUCACUCACCCUCCAUUGUAAGCAAUAUUCCUUCAUCCUCCGUUUUCUCACCUUCUGACAGCAAUAUACCUUCAUCCUCUGUUGUCAGCAAUAUACCUUCAUCCUCUGCGGUCAGCAAUAUACCUUCAUCCUCCGUUCCUUCAUCUUCUGCUGGUUCCUCAUCAUCCAUUGUCAGCAAUAUACCUUCUUCUUCCGAUUCCUCAUAUUCUGCUGGUAGCAAUAUCUCCUCAUCCUCAAAUUCUGUUGGUAGCAAUAUCUCCUCAUCCUCUGCUGGUAGCAAUAUUUCCUCAUCUUCGUUUACCUCCAAUCAAGAUUAUUCAUCUUCUUCAAGUUCGACAUUUAACAAUAACAAUGCAAGGACCAAGUCAUUUAACCACACUGGCUCGAAAAAAAAUAAUUUAUCGUCAACUUUUGAUGGUAAUACUAAUGAAGCAAAAAAUUCACAAAAAGAGACAGCGUUUGAGCGGGCUUUGGCUGGUGCAAUUCAAAAAAAUCCACGUUUGGCUUCAGCUCUUCGUACUUCUAUAUCUCCUACAGACCAGUCUUCACAAGACAAAACCUCAGAUUCCAAAUCGAAGUCCUCUGAGUCGUUUAACCCUCGUGACCUUAAAUCUCUUAUUGAAAUGCGUAUUCGCCGUGCUGAAGCUGCUGCAAAUCGACUUAAAGAAAAAAAAGAGAGCACCAAUACCACCUCCUCUUCCACUUCCAGCUCUGGUGAUCCUAAUGGACCAUGUAAAAGUCAUCCACCUAGUGUUCGCUGUUUCCGUUGUCUUACAGGUGGUUCUGGAAAAAAAGUGAAACGCCUAAAAGGGAAUGUGUUUAGUUUUGCCAGCUAA